AUGGCCGGCGGCCGCGGCUGCGCGAGCUCCCUGUGGUCGGGCACCGACCGUGUCCGCAUCGGAGAGCGCCUCAAGGCGACGCUCGCCGGGGUGCUGGAGCUGGAGCUGCUCAGGUGCAAGCACCUGGAGAUGGUGGACACCGCUCUGGAGGAGCGAGCCUCCGCUGGACCGAACGGCAACAGCAACGCCGAGGAGCCGCGGGCGGCGGAGGAGGAGGCGAGCGGAUGCCCGGAGAGCGCCGCCUCGGAAGCGCAGCGCGGCUCUGCGACAUCCCGCAGGCAACAGGCCGCGUCUCCCUCAGAUGUAGUGAAAGCGCCCUGUCAGAGCGCCACUGGGGACGGUCAUUCGGGGGACGGGGCGGUCCAUUCCUCUUCUUGCAGGGGGAGUACCUCCCGCUGGUCCACUCUGUCCUGGGACGCGCCGUCCGACCUGCUCUCGCCACCAACACCAGACGGCGUUGGCGCGGCCCAUCUGGACAGUGACUCCAGACCUAGUUCAGGCUUCUAUUCAGUGAGCGGGAGCUCUCUCUCAGACUCUUGCUACUCGGUGUCCAGUGACGCUGCUCAGGGGGGAUCGGGGCCACCUGCCAGACCCCUGAAGCCGUGGGAGCAGGUUUCUCUGUCCGCCGACAACACUGACAUCCUGUGGUCAGAAAGUGCUGCUCCUCAACAGCGUCCUGCAUCGCAGAGCAGCCCGGAGGAUGCUGGACUCACAGAGGGCACACCUGCUCCAGUCCAAAGUGACGUUGAAGGGACGGGUCUGGGCUUUUUGUCUGAUCUUUGCCCGGGACUCUGUGACUCCCUGAUGUCUUCCCUUCUCGAGUCCACCUCCUCUUCUCUCCAUCCACACCCGCAGAUGGACCCUCGCUACUGCACAGACCUGGUGUCCCGUCGGAACAAAGAGGUGUACCCCUACCCCAGCCCGCUGCACGCUGUCGCCCUCCAGAGCCCCCUCUUCACCUCCCAGAACCGGGAGCAAUCGGCCUCUCCGAGCCCCGAAGGACCCCGAAUAGAUGAAUCCCCAGAGUCUAACGCUGAUCCAGCCCUGCUCCUCCAGCCUCAGCCGCCCCCUGUCUUGGCUUCUUUAACCCAGCUGGAGCAGUACAUCUCUCGACUUGCUCGCCAGCACCAAAGUCGAGUAACCUCCUCCACCGCCGACCUCACUUCAGCUGCCACCCCAGGUCAAGUCCGGCACAGAGGCUUUUGCACCCCUGGCCAAAGUCACGGUUCUACGCAGUCCCUUUCGGCCUUUGAGAGCCGCGGCACACCCUCCACCCUGCCAGGGGGCAGCAUCACUCCGUCUAAGUCACUGCUGGGAAACUCCGCCCGAAUCAGCCUGAGCACCGCCGGGAAAAAAGCCACGAGAAAUUCAAUCAACCUGGGUAACCUUCCUUCAGCAACUGGAGAGGACGUGAACAUAAAUCUGCACUUGAACCUCAACUUAAACCUGACUCCUGGGUUAAAUUCUAGUGGAGGCCUGCUGGAUGAUCCCAAAAAUGGCAGCUGUGGAGCCUUGAAGAAGGACUUUGCUCCAGCUUCCACGGCCUCAGCUACUUCGCUCUCAUCCGCUACACCCACCCCGACAGUUAGAACUCGGCCUCGCAUUUCAACAUGUCCAAGCAGCCUGAGCCACCGCAGUUCCCUGGAGGUCACUUCAGGGUCUGGAGCCAGUCCUGGAUUCGGGUCGUCUAACUUCUGUCGCUCGUUAGACUGGAGCAACGGUGCUCCACCUGACACUGGACCACCGGUGUUUGGGGCAAAUCCUGGACCAGCUGCUAGGUCUCAGCGAAGUAGCUUCAUCCAAGAGUCCUGCUCCAGUCCCAAGAUAAGCGAAGACUCCCCAAUGGUGGAGGAGAUCUCCCGCCUCUCAGGCCUCUCCAGGUCUGUCGUUGUGGGACUGAUGGAACAAGGCGUGGAGCUGGACAUUGACUGCUUCCAAACAGAUACUGCGGGCGAGGUGAGGGCCCACAGUAAAACUCACUUGACUGCCCAGCCAGAUCAGUCACAUGACUAUACUAGACUGACCGAACCGAAUCCCCAGAGACCGAUACAGCUGUCUCUCAGUGUCACCCAUUCUCCGCAGUCUCAGUCCAGCCUCACCCCUCCUCUCUCACACUCUAGCAGCCCCAUACACCCUUAUCAGUCCAUCCACAUUCCCUCUCCCCACUACACCUCACACUGCCACUACCGGCAGGUCCCUUCGCCAUCCGACCUUCCCUCCUCCACAGCCUCCUCCCCCGCCUCCCGCCCCACCACCAGGGGCCGAUCCCCUCCCCGGCCUCUCCAGCCAUCCCCUCUGGGUGCCACCCCGCUCUCUGUUUUCCGACGCGACGCGCCUUUCCAGUGCUCCCUGCCUCGCACCAGUACGAGGAGCUCUCCCUCGGAGCAUGGCGGUAUCCAGCCGAGGGGUGGAUCGCUUCGGCAGAAUGGGGGCGGAAGUGGGGCUGGUAGCGGGUGGAAGAGGGUUGAGGGGGAGGGGCUUUAUAAAGGAAAACACGCCUCUCACAAUUUGAUCCGGGCGUCCACGGUAAGCAGCUAUGACAAGAGAGAGGACUAUAGCUCAGAUUGGGCUGAGGGAGAGGAGGGGGAGCGAUCAGCGGCCCAGACACCCAAGAAGACCUCCAACAAACUCUGGAAGGGCUUUGAGGGACGCCUGUGGGGCAAAGAGUCUGAAAGCGAAAGAGAGGAGAUGGACAGAGCGGAGUAUGGCUACGGGUGGAGGAGAAACAGCGUUGGAAGCUGGAGGAAGGAGCACCGAAGGGGGAAGGCUUCCUCUGGCAGCAAUGACAAGAGGCCCAAAGUGGAGAACUCGCCCCUCUUCUCAAAGCAGAGGGGGAAGGAAGAUGGGGAGAGACGUAGCACCAGCCUCAGGCUUUCCAGGAGGGCGUUGUUCAGGAGUGAGUCCCAAGGCUUGCUGGUGUCCCGUAACCACGGCGAGGAGCCGCCAAAGCGGGCACACUGGGUCUCCUCAUUAGAUGUCGGGCAUGGAGGCGUAGGACUGCGCAAAUACGAGGCCAGACCGCCGAGAGCAGAGGAAGACAAACGUCUGUCCUCCACAGCAAGCCUCUUUAACCUCUCUCGCUCACAGAGCCUGGAAGGCAGCUGCCAUUCCCUCUCUCCUCUCUCCUCCCCUUCAUUCUCUCCAUCCCCUCCUCCACGGAUGGCCCUGCAGCGCUCUCGAUCACUGAGAGACUUGGGGAGGAAAGUGUUUGGCUCCAUGAGGUCUCUCAGUCUCAAACGGAAGCCCUCCAAGAAGUGACACGUGACCUAUUAAAACCAUCACAGUUAUUCUAAGUGUUAUUUUGAAAACAACCAUGAUGGCUGGUAUUAUAUUUCAUGUAAAAGGGAGUGCCAUCAUUUUACAGCUUCAAGGACUUAUGAUCAAUCAGUCUGAUACACUGGUUUUAUGAUAUCUGCUUUUGUCCACUGCCAGUACGACAGAAGUUCCUCUCAGGCACAUACAGUCUGUAAAACCUGCUAUUCAUUUUGCUCUUGGCUCAUUCAUCUUAGUAAAUUUAUAAAGACUUGUAUAGCCUCUCAAAAAAGAAAACAUUUUUUUCCAGCACCAUAGUAUUUUGCAGCCAAUUGAUUUCAUUGUCAUCCAAUGUCUUUCCUCACUGGCAUUGUUUUAUUGUAGAUUAUGCACCCUACAAUAACGAGGGUGAGCUUUGUAGGGUGCAGCAAGGCCUGCAUUGAAACGUCAGUGAAGGAAACAUAGCAACACAACCUUAUUUUGGGAUGAACAUUUACUUCUACGAACUACAAAUUGUCUUAAUCAUUGUGGGUUUUGGUGUAGUUUUUCAUGGUGUGAAUGUUGUGCCAAAGGAUUGUACAUCUAAAGCUAAAAGCAGAGCCUUGCUGUAACUAUGGGUAUGAAUGUGGUAUAUGCCUGCAUGCUGCUCUGUGACUAUUUCAGUGAAUAUAUCU